UAUGCCGUCGAGACGUUAGAGAUGCAGGCCAAACAGAGGGAGAGACAAUUGAGGAUGAGCAUGGCAGCGCCUCAAUUGUACGAUGAUUGAAGUUCGGCCUCAGUCUGUCGACUAUUUAGGGAAUUAGUUUGCGUAUGGAGGGCGUUGAAGGGGACUUCCGAGUUUAUGAUACCCGAGCGAAGGAUUACAUUGUGAAAGUUACCUUUCUGUAUUCCCCCGCUCUUCCGCUUGCAACGGUCUUUGCAUUUCCUCCGCCCCGAUUCAAGUCAGAACUCCAUAACCUGCCACCACGGUUACUGGUAGCGGCUGCUGGCGGAUCCACCAACAUACUCUAUGGCUCUCCUAGUGAGCAAGGAGGCCACCAACACGCAAGUCAACCUUCCCAAAAAGGCCGUACUACCAAUCUACCUCUGGAACGCGAGGGAUCGAAAGAUGUGCAGCACAAAACAUAUGAAAAACGUCAAUUCGAAGGAAAACAGCGUGUAAAGCAUAGUGCAUCACUCCCGCGACCAGGUACCCCCGCCCUUCCUCUCCGAUUGCACGUAACGCCAAAAAGACCAAUCUUAGGGUUCCUAUUAAUAAACCCAUAACGACCAACAACGGCACAGAGGGGAAGCAUACAGAAAGUCAACAAUCUAUGAACACUAGGGACAAAAGCAAGCCCGCAUGAUGAAAUAGGGAAACCAGAAGAAAGCAAAGUAACAGAGACCUGAGCCACAUGGAUCUCCGUGCUUCUCGUCAUGCCAGUACGAAGAACCGGUCCGCGUCGAUGUGCUCGCCGUUGACGAUACUGCGGACUCCAAAGAGGAACCGUGACGGUAAGUUCGCUCAGUCACUGGAGUUGGUGG